AUGUCGGCCGCGCAGGAUGAGUUCAACGAGUUGUUGCGAGACAAGGAGCACCGCAUGAGACAUCCAGAAGACGACGACGAUGAUGAUGCGCAAUCCAUCCUCAAUCUCUCCGACGAUGACAGCCCGCCAUCUCCAUCUCCAGAUCUGGAUWCCGUCACGCCGCGGGCGAGCAUGAACAUACCCACUCGACGAUACGCURCCAACACCGGGCCCAAAGGUGUCAUCUCUGAUGCACAGAAUUUUCGUGACUCCCGCGCCAGCGCGAGGUCAUCCAUGGCCAGCACACGACCACCUCAGCAAUCCUCCCGAUCGAGCCCUGAGAAUGGAAUCGUAGAAGAAGACGAGGAAUUGGACGAUGAUGAAGGCCCGGGAGACAAAGGAUUCAUGGCGAGAUGGAGACAGAGCAGGAUUCGGGAUAUGCAGGUUGGGUCGCGGGAGAGUAAGAUGCAUCUGAAUAGUCGCAGCAGGAAAGCAUACGGUGGUAUCACAACUGUGGAUGGGGAGGGCUAUCUGGAUGCGGUCGACAAAUCUGGGCCAGAUACGAUCGUUGUGGUGUACAUCUACGACGAAUACGUUAGUGACCUAUUCGAGAGGUGCCUUCGCACUCUGGCGAGCAAGCAUGGGGAUACCCGCUUCGUGAAACUGCACUACGACGACGCUGAGAUGGAGCCCGCGGGCGUGCCUGCAAUCAUUGCAUAUCGGGGAGGUGACAAGUUCGCAGGCCUGGUACCGUUAAUCGAUGAGAUGCCUGAYGAUGCAGAAUUGAAUGCAACCACGCUGGAAGCGGUGAUGAGAAGGUCCGCAGGACAAGAGAACCUCUCGCUCGACAUCUGA